AUGUUAUUGUCCAGCAGUUUGUGUAAACCAGAGAUUGUGUGGGAAAACACAUGGGGAUACCUGUCAGAUGGAAUUCUUUAUACUCAACAAAAGAGAUUAAAGUCUCCAGGUUUAUCACUAAACGAAGAUCAAAUUAAAAACUUGACUUUGUUUGAAAUAGAACAAAUUUUACUCCGAAACAAUUCCAGUCUCAAGAACUAUAGAAGGAUGCCUUACCCAGAUGCUGAUUUGGUUUCAUCUUCAAACAAUCGUUUGAUAGUCGAGGAGCUAGAUUAUGACAUACCAAAUUUGAAGAAUGAGUUUGAUCGGCUCUUUGUUUCAUUAACCGACGAGCAACGCAACAUUUUUCUUGACAUAAUGGCUAAGGUUAAAAAUAAUAAGGGAGGUGUAUUCUUUAUUUAUGGUUAUGGUGGAACGGGUAAGACAUUUCUCUGGAAGACAAUUUCUGCAGCAAUUAGAUGCCAAGGAGAGAUUGUUUUAAACGUUGCUUCAAGUGGGAUCGCUUCAUUAUUAUUGACUGGAGGCAGGACAGCACACUCUCGAUUUAUAAUUCCCAUAAAUCUUACCGAGGAUUCUUUUUGUAGAAUAAAUCCAAAGAGUGAUCUUGCGAGUUUAGUAAGAAAAGCCUCAUUGAUCAUUUGGGGUGAAGCACCCAUGGUUCAUUAA